AUGCACUUUAACACGACGCUGGAGAGUCCAAAGUUGAGUGCGAGUGGUAACAUAAAUGAUGGUCAAGGAGGCAACCUCCUUGGUCUAGUGCUUAAUAAACUUAAAUGCAAGAAAGUACCAGCUUGGAUAUACCAUCACCUUCGUGCCACAAAAGAGCACGUCAAUAGUCCCAUCAUCACCAAUACAUUAGUGGUAGUCAUUGGAGCCCGUCAACCCGUACUGCAGCAGUGUGGUGAAACUGUGCUUUUAAAAACCUUCUACGCCCUCUGGCUGUUCCCAGCAUUGGGAGAUUGA